AUGGACAACGAUGAAUCAUUGCUGUUGUGCACACCAAACACCAACAAGAAAGUGAGGUUUCCUUUCUUUGAUUUGCCCGAGAGUACAAAUAGUGCGUCACGGAACUAUGAGUUACAAGGAAGAAGCGCUAAGGAUGAAGAGUCUGGGUUGUUCACUCCGCCUCCAACAGGGCAAACAGUCGGCUUUGAAGAAGAGGCGGGGUUUUCGACACCCAUCGAUCAUUCCAAUUGGGAAUCUGAAAUCAGUCCCAUUUCAAGAAAUCGUGAUAGCAGUGGCCAAACUUUGGAUGUUUCAUCUGGUGACUUGAGAAUGACAACGCCACAGCACAACCAAGGAGGGAAUAUAGAAGACAUUGAUUCCAUGUUGACGGAACUGAAAGACAUUAUACAUCAAUCACAAAAGAAGCAAACGGAACGACGACGGAGCUCCAGCUCUCGGCGGCGAAGUGCUGAUAGAGAUUUUCUGGUGGACGCUCUGACACGACAGCAAGAACCGGGGGGUAAUGAUUCUGAAUGGCCCGUGAGUCCCCCUUGCGAACAAAGCGUAGAUGCAGCACCAACAUCACCUCAGCGUAGUACCACUCCACCUAACGAGAGUUCAGCACUAAGUUCUGGAAUUACGUUUCAUGACGACAGCGACGACGUUAGCAGCGCAACAAAGAAAGUGAACGAGUCGUCGAAUAAUUUCAUUCAGCGGAUACGGGAUGUUGCACACAAGAGAAAGCUCUCUAUGACUCGGUCACGAGACAACCUGAGGGCCAUGCAAAAAGGAAAGUUGCAACCGUAUGAUGAAGAUGCUGGUGAUCAUGCUGAUGCGAUUGCAGAUGCCGACACUGAUACCAAUGUGAAGGCCGUACCAAAAGAAAAGAUGCAGAAUUAUGACGAAGCUGUAGCACAGUACGCUGAUACUGAGACCUAUACCGGUACAACUGAUCAUGCUGAUAUCGAUGGUGAUGGAGAGGACGAGAGUAUAGUGGAUGACACCACAGAAUCAUCGCAGUUAGCGCCGAAGCCUCGGAAAUCAACAUCAAAUCAAGAUUUGAACAGAAGCGCCACUGAGUUUCACUUCAAGGCGCGCCCUUUACCUGAAACAACUGGGAUGAAAGGGGUAGGAGGUCUGAAUGGCAUCCCGAAAGUGGCAAAAAGGCCGAUAACGACACCGUUUUCGCCAUUGCUUGGAGCGCGUCGCCCAGAUAAAGUAUCAGUGAAAGCUCUGAACGCACCAAAGAAAACAAUGCCUGGUCCCAAAAACGAAGAGAAGGCAAAACGAAACUCCAUCACAGAAUGUCCAAAGACACCACCCCCUGAAACUCCCACUCAAUCGAUAUUCAAAGCUCGUCCAAUGCCUUCGUUUGUUGGUCGGAAAGGACAGGGAGGUCUCACUGGGGUUCCAAAGGUUCAAAAGCGACCACUAACAGUUCCCAAAUCUCCAAUGCUCGGUGUCCGAAGAUCAUUAAGUGGAAAUGAAAUGAAGCCACAAUUUUGCGGUUGGAAGAAGGCAGUAGAAGAGGGUUCACUCCAGAGCGCCGGCGGAAGCUCUUCCUUUAUAAGCAGAGGCUCAGAUUUACAGGGACUGGUGGUACUCGGGUCGCCACAGAACACACUCGACGACCGUCACAUUGCAAAUGAUGAAAAUCAAAUACCACGAGCUCACCACAACAUGGCGUUCCAGCCUCAAAGUACAGUUCGAGCAAAACAAAGAGCUGACUACAACGAGAGACGAGACGAGAAUAUGAAGAGAAAGAAAGAGCAAGAUUUCAAAACUCGCCAACGGGAGGUCCGCAAAAUGGAAAAGGAACUCAUUGCAUUAAGGACGAAAAUAUAG